AUGGAUUGGAUAAUUAUUCUCUUUGAUAUUUUUCAGAAAAAUGCUCGGAUUGUUUCCAUUGAUGGUUAUGAGGAUGUUCCACCUAAUGAUGAGAAGUCACUGCAAAAGGCCGUGGCAAAUCAACCUGUUAGUGUGGCCAUUGAAGCGGGGGGCAGGGCUUUUCAACUCUACCUAUCAGGUGCUUUUACUGGAUUAUGUGGAACGGAGCUAGGCCAUGGAGUUGGUGCUGUUGGAUAUGGUACAGAAAAUGGGGUAGACUAUUGGCUUGUGAGGAACUCGUGGGAUCCGAACUGGGGAGAGAAUGGGUACAUCAGAUUUGAGCUAAACGUGGCUAAUACCACUACUGGGAAGUGUGGGAUCGCAGUAGAGCCCUCAUACCCCAUCAAGGAAGGUCAGCAAUACUUGAUGAGCAUCGGUAUUUAUGGGGUCUUGAAGGACAAAGGGAUGAUGGCACCACCUAGAUUGCAAGGAGGAAAAUUUUAA